AUGUCGAACCAAGUAACAGCAUUUGUUGUGGGACUAAAAUCCCGAAAUGUGGAUGUUCAAACUAAAACAGCAAGGGAGCUUUACCACUAUGCUAAAACAGAACUCAGAGAAGUUCCUCAAGAGGAGCUCACACAGUUUCUUGACGAGUUUAAUCAUCAAAUCUUUGAGAUGGUUUCAAGCAACGACGUACAUGAAAAGAAGGGUGGAGUACUUGCGAUAGUGUGUCUUAUUGGAGGCGACUGUGAUACAACUAAAACCAGAAUAACAAGGUUUGCAAAUUAUUUGAGAAACCUCUUACCAUCGUCCGAUGUGGGGGUUAUGGAGCUGGCCGCUAAAACUGUUGGUCGUUUAGCUACAGUUUCUGGUGUUAAAAGAGCUGAGUAUGUGGAAUUUGAAGUAAAGAGAGCAUUUGAGUGGUUGUCAGAAGAAAGAAAUGAAGGACGAAGACAUUCAGCAGUACUUUUAUUGAAGGAACUGGCUAUAGCUAUGCCAACAUAUUUUUACCAACAAGUAUCAGGAUUUUUUGAUCAUAUACUUAUUGCUCUCAAGGAUCCUAAACAGCAAAUACGAGAAGCUGCAGCCAAAGCUUUAAGAGCUGGUUUAGUAGUUACAGCUCAACGAGAGACGGCAAAACAGUCCACUGCUAAACCUCAAUGGUAUAUGCAAUGCUAUGAGGAAGCUGUGGCAUCAUUUGAAGAAGUGCCUAUAAGGGAGAAAGGAAUUACCAAAGAGGACAAAGUUCAUGGAGGUCUUCUUAUAUUGAGUGAAUUAUUAAGGUGCUCUAAUGCCGAGUGGGAGAAAAAAUACUCCUAUCUCAUUCAUAGUCUAGACUCAGAAAAAGAUGUCACAGUUUCUGAUGACAUCAUAUUUAUUAGUUCAAAACUUCAUAGCCCCUCGGUGAAGAGAGGAUAUCUGUGUGACGGUUUUAAAACUGAAAAUGUUCAGUACCCUGUUCCAAUCUAUGAAUCUGAAGUAUGUAGAAAAUUAUUGUCAGAAAAGAUUGAAAGGAUUUGUCAAGAUGUUAUGGCCCAGCGACUCCUUAAAACACAAGGUGUUCCACAAAUACUUUUUAUUAUAAUACCAAGACUGGCAGCUUUUAAUAAAGAGUUAUUUUUAAAGAAAUACCUCAACUCAACCAUGCACUAUUUACUCACAUCAAUCAGGAGUAGAGAAAAAGACAGAAAUAUGGCAUUUACUACUCUAGGAUUAUUAGCUGCUGCUAUCGAAGGUGACAUAAAAAAUUUCAUACCAAGAAUUAUGGAUGUCAUCAAACAAGCUUUGCCUGUAAGAGAUUCACAGAGUAAAAAAAGGAUGUAUAUAGAUCCCUCUAUAUUUGCAUGUAUAACUCUAUUGAGCAGUGCAGUGAAAAAUCUUGUACUGAGUGAUAUCAAAGAACUAUUAGAUGCAAUGUUUGCAACAGGCUUAAGCCCAUCAUUGACUGUUUGUCUGAAGGAGUUGAGUCAAAAUCUUCCUUCACUCAAGAGUGAGAUAUCUGAAGGUCUUUUGAAUAUGCUUUCACAAGUUCUAAGAAAUAAGCCUUUCUUACAUCCUGGAGUACCAAAGAGUCUAGAACAACAAAGUAACAUAAAUCUAAUCAUUGAACCCCAAGACACGGCUAGCAUUGUAUUAGCUCUAAGAACACUUGGAACAUUUCAAUUUGAGGGCCAACAUAGUUUACUUACAUUUGUAAGGCGAUGCGCUGAUCAUUUUUUGCAAAGUGAUCAGCAAGAGGUCCGAGUGGAAGCAGUGAAGACUGCAGCGAAGUUACUAGCAGAUGCUACCAUAGCUAUGAAGACUCCUUCGAGGACACUAACAAUGUUAACGGCUGAAGUGGUCGGAAAAAUGUUAGUUGUGUCAGUCACUGACCCCGAUUGUGAAGUGAGGUACUGGGUGCUGGAAUCAUUGACUAGUAUGUUUGACACACAUUUAGCACAGAUCGAAAAUCUUAGUUUUCUUUUCAUUGUAAUGAAUGACGAGAACUUGAAAAUUAGGGAACUGGCUAUUUGUACCAUUGGACGAUUAAGUACAGUUAAUCCUGCUUAUGUAAUGCCUGGACUUAGAAAGACUUUGAUUCAAUUUUUAACAGAAUUGGAACAUUCGGGAAUGAGUCGCAACAAGGAACAGGCAGCAAGAAUGUUGGAUAAUCUCAUUCUGCAUGCCCCUAAACUUGUGAAACCGUACAUGGAAACAAUUUUAAACGUUUUGGUACCAAAAUUGAAAGAAGCGGAUCUUAAUCCCGGAGUAGUUAUUAGUAUAUUGAAGGCGGUUGGAGAUCUCGCCGACGUUCAUGGCGAUAAUAGUGGUCUCAAGAAAUGUUUGCCAGAAUUAUUAACUAUCCUCCUUGAAUUGUUAUCCGACGCCAGUGCAACGGACAAAAGAAGUAUAGCGUUAUGGACAUUCGGACAGUUGAUAAGUGCUACCGGACAUGUCGUCACACCAUACACUGAAUAUCCAAAUUUGAUGGACGUUCUGCUUAACUUCUUAAAAACAGAGCAACAACCAAAAGACCGAAGAGAGACAAUUAGAGUUUUAGGUCUUCUCGGAGCCUUAGAUCCUUACAAACAUAAAAUGACGAGGGGUUUGAUAGACGGCAAACCGGAUUCUAGUUUAGUUCCGGUAGCAGAUAGUAAAGCAGAAGAAAACAACUUUGAUAUGACCACAAGUGAGAUGUUGGUCAAUAUGUCUUCAGCUAUUCUCGACGAAUAUUACCCGGCGAUAGUAAUAUCAACUUUAAUGAGAAUCUUACGAGACCCAACCUUACAACAGCAUCACACUAGUGUAGUUCAGGCUGUUACAUUUAUAUUCCAAUCUCUUGGUAUAAAAUGCGUUCCAUACAUAUCCCGAGUUACGCCUAGUCUACUAUAUGUAGCACGUGCAACAGAUAACAACAAUUUCAGAGAAUUUUUAUUCACCCAAUUGGCAAAGCUGAUUGCUAUAGUCAAGCAGCAUAUCAGAAAUUAUUUGGACCAGAUAUUUGACCUUAUAAAGGAGUUUUGGACACCUCACAGUCCAUUGCAACCAACUAUAAUAUUACUUGUUGAACAUAUAGCAGUGGCUCUAGGGUCGGAGUUUAAGAUAUAUUUGCCACAACUGAUGCCGCAGAUACUUCGAGUACUCGCCCACGAUACCAGUAAAGAUAGAUUAGUGACGGAGAAGCUGUUGAAUGCUCUACAAAAAUUCGAGGACAAUCUCGAUGAUUACAUGCAUCUCAUCAUUCCAUCGAUUGUUAAAUUAUUCGAUGCAACCGAUUAUCCUAUUUCCGUGGCCAAGACUGCUAUGGAAACUGUUGACUAUCUUUCGGAUUCGUUAAAUUACAGUGAACUCGUUUCGAGAAUAAUCCACCCCCUCGUGAGAAGCUUGGACACCUGCUACGCCUUACGAAGCACAGCGAUGGAUACACUUUGUGCACUUAUUAUUCAACUUGGAAGAAAAUUUAAUGACUUCAUACCUUUGGUUCAAAAGGUGGUCGUGAAACACAGGAUACAGCAUCAUAAUUACGAGCUACUGCUAUCAAAAGUUCAAUCAAAUUCAGUGUUAGCUGUGGACGACUUCCUGCAGAGUAUAAGACGUAAACCAAGAAAUAAUAAUCAAGAGGCCCGUAUAGUUGCGUGUGAUACAUCACAAUCUAUCCGCAAGUUGUAUGUGAACGCUCACAGCCUCAAGGUCGCUUGGACAGUCAGUAGCCGCGUGUCCAAAGACGACUGGCUCGAGUGGCUUAGACGAUUUAGUAUUGGACUAUUGACUGAGUCACACAGCCCAGCUUUGAGGGCAUGUUUAGCUCUCGCGCACAAUUAUUCUCAACUGCUAAGGGAUCUGUUUAACGCAGCCUUUGUAUCUUGUUGGACUGAAUUGGAUAAAACCUCUCGGACGGAGCUCGCAAAUGCUCUGGAACAAGCGCUAACCGCCCCUGACGCUCCCGAGUUAGCUCAUACGGUUCUGAAUUUAGCAGAGUUCAUGGAACAUUGUGAGGGAGGUGCUUUGCCUAUUUCGACGCAACUAUUAGGAGAAAGAGCUAUGCAUUGCAGAGCUUACGCUAAAGCUCUUCAUUACAAGGAAGAAGAAUUCCGCAACGGCGCAACAUCUCAAGUUGUAGAAGCUUUGAUACAUAUUAACAAUAAGUUGCAGCAGAAGGAAGCGGCUGAAGGUUUGUUAGAGAGGGUUAUGGCGCAGAGAGAAGCAGGUGACGCCAAUCUGAAAGUUCAGAUCAGGUGGUACGAGAAAUUACAUAACUGGGAAAAAGCAUUAAACCUUUAUGACGAAAAAUUGAAUGCCGACGCUGAUAAUAUGGAGGCAUAUCUAGGUGAAAUGCGAUGCUUCGAAGCAUUGGGUGAGUGGGUGAAGUUGUACGAAACAGUGUCGUCUAGAUGGACGAAGAUGAGUAAUGAUGAGAAAUUCAAGGCUGCAAGAUUAGCGGCCGCGGCUGCCUGGGGUCUGAACCAAUGGGAUGAUAUGAUAAACUAUGUCAACUUUUUGCCUGAAAAUAGUCAAGAUGGUGCAUUUUACAGAGCCGUUUUAAAUAUACACAAUGAAGACUUUGAUGUUUCUAAGUUAUAUAUUGACCAAGCGAGAUCCUUGUUAGACUCGGAAUUGACUGCAGUAGCCGGUGAAAGCUACCAAAGAGCUUAUGGCGCACUGGUUAAUGCGCAACUGUUGGCUGAAUUGGAAGAAGUCAUUACGUACAAAUUGGUCGAAGAGAGAAGAGAAUCAAUAAAACAAGCGUGGUGGACGAGACUUCAAGGAGGCCAGAGAUUAGUCGAGGACUGGCGGAAAAUACUUCAAGUGCGCUCCUUGGUGUUGACUCCUCAAGAGAAUAUGGCCACUUGGCUUAAAUUCGCAUCACUCUGCAGGAAGAGUGGUGCGCCGAGACAGGCUCAUCGUACUCUGGUGAUGUUGCUUGGAACAGAUCCAAGCGAGAAUCGUGAAAUGCCGCUCCCCACACACGAACCGAGACUAACUCUUGCGUAUGCAAAACAUUUAUGGGUGGCCGGAGAUAAAGAAUUAGCUUACAAUCAGCUACAACGAUAUGUUGACAAUGUAGAGACGGGAGACGCCGAUCAUUGUAGACUGCUAGCUCGAUGCCAUUUGAAACUAGGUUCAUGGUGUGAAUCAUUAUGGGGUAUUAAUAAGCGAUCUAUACCGGUGAUCUUACGGAACUAUUCCGCGGCGACCAAUUUAUCUUCUGAUUGGUACAAAGCUUGGCACGCCUGGGCUUACAUGAACUUCGAGACGGUACUGUUGUAUAAACAUCAAGAGGCUGAUAAAUCUAAACAGGACGAGUCCUCGUCUACUCCAGAGUAUAUCCAGAGUCACACUGUGCCAGCUGUUGAGGGUUUCUUUAAAUCGAUUAAUCUAUCGCACGGCAGUUCUCUUCAAGAUACAUUGAGACUGCUCACUCUAUGGUUCGACUACGGCCAUCACCCUGCAGUACACGAAGCUUUACUAGAGGGAAUACGGACCAUCGAAAUCAAUGUAUGGCUUCAAGUAAUUCCUCAGCUGAUAGCCAGAAUAGAUACACCUAGAGCAUUAGUCGGAAAACUGAUCCAUUCGUUACUGAUCGAUAUCGGCAAGUCACAUCCACAAGCGUUAGUGUACCCGUUGACGGUCGCAUCGAAAUCAUCAUUUGUUGACCGCAAGAACGCAGCUAAUCAAAUUUUGAAAUCCAUGUGCACGCAUUCAAUGAAUUUGGUGAAUCAAGCGGCCAUGAUAUCCGAGGAACUAAUCAGAGUCGCCAUACUAUGGCAUGAACAAUGGCACGAGGCGUUGGAAGAAGCGUCCAGAUUGUAUUUCAGUGAACACGACGCGAAAGCUAUGUUCAAAACGUUGGAACCAUUACAUGCUAUGUUAGAGAGAGGACCGCAGACACUGAAAGAAAUCUCGUUCAGUCAAGCAUAUGGAAGAGAUCUGAAUGAGGCACAAGAUUGGUGCAAUAGAUUUAAGGAGUCGGGUCACGUUCGUGAUUUGAACCAGGCGUGGGAUUUAUACUACCACGUGUUCCGUCGCAUCAGCCGUCAAUUGCCUCAGCUGACGUCAUUAGAGCUCCAGUACGUGAGCCCGCGGCUGCUGGCUUGUAGGGACCUUCAACUGGCCGUGCCUGGGAGCUACGCCCCCGACACCCCGCUUAUAAGAAUAGCCCAUAUACAGAGCAGUCUGCAGGUUAUAACAUCGAAGCAGCGACCGCGUCGUCUCUGUAUUCGGGGAUCGAACGGAAAAGACUACAUGUUCCUUCUGAAGGGACACGAGGAUCUACGUCAGGACGAACGAGUGAUGCAGCUGUUCGGGCUCGUCAAUACAUUACUACAGGCUGAUCCGGAUACCUUCAGGAGAGAUUUGGCCAUACAAAGAUACGCUGUUAUUCCACUGUCCACCAAUUCCGGCCUCAUCGGCUGGGUACCCCACUGUGAUACAUUACAUUCAUUGAUCAAGGACUACAGAGAAAAGAGGAAGAUACUACUCAAUAUAGAACACCGUAUCAUGCAGAGAAUGGCCUCGGAUUUGGAAAAACUAAUGUUGAUGCAAAAGGUGGAGGUUUUCGAACACGCUUUGGAACAUACAGCGGGAGACGAUCUCGCUAAACUGCUGUGGUUAAAGAGUCCUUCAUCAGAGGUGUGGUUCGAGCGUCGCACGAACUACACCCGCUCGCUGGCUGUCAUGAGCAUGGUGGGCUACAUCCUGGGGCUCGGAGACAGACAUCCCUCUAAUAUAAUGCUCGACAGAGUCACUGGAAAGUUCCUUCACAUUGAUUUCGGCGAUUGUUUCGAAGUGGCCGUGACGAGAGACAAAUUCCCAGAGAAGAUACCCUUCAGACUGACCAGGAUGCUCAUCAACGCUAUGGAGGUGACAGGAAUCGAAGGUACUUACAGAAGAACCUGCGAGUCAGUUAUGGAAGUGUUACAUCGACACAAGGACAGUGUGAUGGCUGUAUUAGAAGCGUUCGUGUAUGAUCCAUUACUUAACUGGAGGCUGAUAGAUGCUGGCAGACGAUCAAGGAACGACGCUGAUGUUUCAACAUCAGACGGAUCGCCUCAACCCAGCAGGAGUCGGGCGAACGGAGCUAGCGAGGAUCAACCCGCUGAGACGAACCUCAACAAGAGGGCGCUGGCGAUUGUCAAUAGAGUUAGGGACAAAUUAACAGGAAGAGACUUCAUACAUAUAGAUGACGCAAGCGGUUCAGUACAGAAACAAGUUGAUCUCUUGAUACAACAAGCUACUAGCAAUGAGAAUCUAUGUCAGUGCUAUGUUGGCUGGUGUCCGUUCUGGUAA